UUUUUGUGCCAUUUCCCUUUGUUUUGAAGUGGGUCUGUGACUUUUUGGGCAUGAGUAUACAGUACUGUAUUUCCCAAUGGCGGUAGUUAUCGAAAACUACAUUACCCACAAUCCCUUUCUUCGCCGUCACCUACGCGUUGCUAGGAGACACAGCCGAAAGCCUUGGUGUGCUAAUUGCUAGACAGCUAACUGCAUUACGUCACAACGGCAGCGUCCGAGUCCGUCGUCUGAUGUCAUUUUUUGACGAUUUUUCGUCAUCUAAUAAUUGUAAUAACCAACCAAUAGUUAAGCUGAGCGUCCUACGAAGUAACAACCAGGUGUGUAGACAUGGCGGAAAGGGAUGUCGUUUUAGGUGCUGGCUUGGUGUCCAGCUGUGUGGCCCGCCUUGGACGCUUCAACACUGGACUUCAGCACCCAUACUACCACGUGGCGCUUCCCGGUCGCAAGCUGAGGGACAUCUCAGUCUUGUCAAAUUAUGUUCACCUCCAAAAGCUGGAGCUGUCAAACAACAGAAUUACAGAUCUGUCCUGUGUGAGCCACAUGCCCUUCCUCGUCAUCCUGGAUGUCUCUCACAAUGAGAUCUCGGAUUUCUUUGGCUUCGAUCCCCCUAAGAACCUGAAGGAGGUCAAUUUCUCCUACAACGUUUUGACACAAAUGAAGGACAUGUCAGCCUAUGAGGCGCUCGUCAAGCUGGAGCUGGACCACAAUCGUCUGAAGCGGAUCCACGGUUUAGAGAAGUGCUGCAAAUUGACCUAUCUCAGCGUGGCGCACAACCGCAUCACCAGCAUCUGCAGUCUGGACGACGUUCCGCUUAAAGACCUCAACCUGAGGGGCAACCGUUUGACAAGCACAGAAGGUCUGGAGAACCUGAAGAGGAUACAAACUCUGGAUCUGUCCGUGAACCGCAUCAGCAGUCUCGCUGGCCUCAACAACCUCCACCUGCUGGGCUCUAUGAACCUGGAAAGAAAUCAGAUUUCUGAGAUUGAGGAGUGUAAACACAUUCAGAGUCUUUUCCUGCUGAGGGAAUUGAAUCUUUUGGGGAACCCUGUACAGGAGAAGCCAGAGUACCGGCUGUCGGUAGUCUUCCUCAUCCAGCAUCUGACCCUGUUGGACCAAGAGAAAGUCACUAUAGAAGAGAAGGUGUUGUCCAUCAACAAGUACGACCCGCCGCUGGAUGUGGUGGCGGCCAGAGAUCACAUGACCCAGCUGAUGUAUCAGCUGAUGCAGCCUCAGCACCUCUAUGACACCACUCUCCCCAGCGACGACGCUCCGUAUCCGAUGCUUGUUCUGACCGGCCCGCAAGGCUGCGGGAAAAGGGAGAUGGCCCAUCGCCUUUGUGAGGACUUUGAAGACUUUUUCGCAUACGGGGUCAGCCACACCACCAGGGAGCCCUACUUUGGCGAGGUGAACGGCAGCGACUACCAUUUUGUCAGCGAGGAAGAGUUUGAGCUACUCGUGCACAGGGGGGCUUUCCUCCAAACUGUCCAAUACGGUGGCCACAAGUACGGUCUAAGCAGGGACGCCAUCGAAGAUGUCGCCCGGGAAGGACUGGCGUGCUGCGUGCAAAUGGAGCUGGAGGGCGUGCUGAGUCUAAAGAAGAGCAUCUUUGAGCCCCGCUACAUCCUGCUCAUCCCCACCAUAGCGGAAAACUACAAGGCCAUGCUGAGGAGUCGAAACCUCUACACUGACGCCCAGAUCGAGGCGGCCUUGUCGCGCAUCGAGCUGUACGACAACUUCAACAGGGAGCGGCCCGGCUUCUUCGACAACGUCAUCCGUUGCGAUUACUGGGAUAGAGCCUACCGCAUGCUGGAGCGGGUGGUGAAGAACUACCUGUUGCUCGAAGACCAGGAAGAAGAAGGUAUGGCCACCUUCUCUCGCUGGCUGUGCGCGCCAACUGCAACGUUUGGUGUGCUUGUCCCCCCCCACAAAUAUUUUCCAGCCUCAGGCGAGGAUAAGGAAGAGGAGCCCCCCACGGAGCAGCAAAGGUCGGACUCAUCCGCGUCGCCCGACCCAGCUACAUCUUCCCUCGACCCCUCAGAGCCCCUUGACAUAAACUCUUGCACCCGCGGCCAGCAUCAGCUCGCCCCCAGCAAGACUCCGGCUGAGCUGGCUUCCAUCCGCAGGCGUGAGCAGCCGGUGAGAGAGGCAGUCGUGGGGAAGAGUCCGGGGGUCUACAGUUGGCUCAUCAGAAGCUCAGAUGAAUCUCCAGGACACUCAGCGGAUACGAUUAAAGGUGACGAGCAGCCGCAACAAGCGCCGGCUGGCAUCACGCCCCUUUCUGACAGGCGGCCCGGAUCCGGCGUCAAACCCGUCUUGCCUCCGAUCCCGCCUGAACGCAAGACCCCGCAAGUCGGUAGCCCUCUGCCAUCGCCCAGCCGCCGCCGCCGCCGCCACGUCCAGGCCAGCACGCAAGGAUAGCGUCACGGUUCUUAAAGACAAGAAAGCACAUUGAUUCAUUUUAAUUUUAACAGAGAGUAUAAGCGAGUGACAAUUGAGUGCAUGACGGCACAUAUCUUACUCUCUUCGCACAUCCGUCAAUGGCUCUGCUCCAAAACAAACAAUUGUGCCUCGUCGUCUUUCCAUGCUGCAUGUCAGGAUACUUUUUUUUUUUAUGACCCAGUCCUAUACUUUGGGUUGCAAUUUUAAUGGGUCAUCAAAGCCAAGAUUGCAGUUUUAACGAGUACGCCCGUGUGUGCGCGUACACGUUAAUUCGGCUUUCAAACAAGAGUUUCAAAGUGUUAACAGGGGAGGCGCACCUGGCCAUCCAUCAAUGUCUGUCUUGCUCUGGAGGCAGCAGAUGUUACAGGGCCCGUCAUAAUUCUUUGGCAGAUAUUGUCUGCAUGCCUGGCUCACCCCCCCACCCCCCCACCCCCCGAGAUCUAACCUAGUUACACCCCAGUCGGCGCCGCUUUCUACAAAGUCGGUGUCCACAAUCAGUGGCCUUUGUAUACAAGGCGCAGCGGCUAUUUAAGUCUUUACACACAGUAUGAGGAAAACUUGUACUCUCAUUCUCUGGUGGAUUUUUUAUUUAUAUAUAUUUUUUUGUCAGUGUACCAAAAAAACAAACAAAAAUACGCUAACUCUGCUGUUUCACUGGCAGUGGGGAUCUGCUGGAAAAAGGAAUUGCAGGAAGAUGAGACAAAGAAAUGACUGCAAUCUCAUUGACUCGCAUGAAAAUAAAAGGCAUAUUUGAAUUAGAA